UUUUUAAAAGUUUUAUAUUUUUUGAAUUAUUUGUAAACAAAACAAUACUUUAAUUAUAAAUCAAAUUUUGUAUUCAAUUCACUGAUCGACACAUAAAAUGAAUAAAAUUGUAUCAAAUUUACUCAAAUCUGGUCUCAAAUGCAAUACAAAUGAAGUGUUUGUCCGACACUUGCGGUCAUACGUGAGGAAAGGUGUGGACGAACCCAAGUAUUUGGAUUAUCUUAAGCCACAAAUACCAUACUAUCCGCUCAUUAAUGUCCAGGUCCGCGGAUACGAUUACGUGGUGCUCGAGAGUUAUGGCAAAUUUCUGCACAAUUUGAUGAACAAAUUGGGUGUAAAUGUCGUGAAGUAUUGGUGUUCACCGCUUCAGUCCCUUCGAUACGACUCAUUGAGACCCGAGUCUGAGGUCACGGACUCUCAGUUCACGCUUAAUAUAUACGAACGGAGUCUUCAGAUCGAGAACUUGUCGGCAAAGAUGGCACCCGUUUUGCUGGAGAUUGUGUUGAGUUCACUGCCGGCCGGCGUUCACAUGAGUGCCGAAGAACACGACCCGUCAGUCCACGAAGAGUCCCGAUAUAUACCUGACCUUCAAUUGGCGGCCUUUAAGUCAGAAUUACAAGAACUGAAAGGAAAUAUGAGCGACGAUAUCGAAGAUCCCAAAAAAGCCAAAAAAUAGUUCAUUUUUAGUUGACUUUAAUUUAAUAAUAAAUAUAGAAAAUUAAUAAAUUGUAAAAUCUAUGUAUAGUAUAAAUAAAGAUGUUUUCUCUAAAAUUUUAUUAAUA